GAGGACACUGGAGCACAUAGCCUACAGUAAAUAUUUGUGUUUGGUGCGCAAGCUGUAAGUGAUCGUGUAUAACUAAGGGGGAAGGAGUGACGGAGAAUAGAUAAGGAUUGAGUGAGAGAGUGAGUGCAUUUGUGUUUCCGCGUGUGUGCGCACGAGAGAGAAAAAGGAACGUAUUUUCAAGUUUAGCACCAAAAAGCUCGGGAAAAUAAGCGAAUGCCAAAUAUGGAUGAACUGAAGCACCAAUUAUUGAUAAACCAGUUCGUUCUGACCGCUGGUUGCGCUGGGGACCAGGCAAAGCAGCUUUUGCAGGCGGCACACUGGCAAUUUGAGACUGCGCUCAGUUCAUUUUUUCAAGAAACCAAUAUCCCGUACAGUCAACACCAUCAAAUGACGUGCACUCCGGCCAACACGCCGGCCACGCCCCCAAACUUCCCCGACGCCCUCGCCAUGUUCUCCCGUCUCAAGGCCUCGGACGGUUUCCACAGCAACAGCCCCACGGCUCCCCUGGCCACCCCCAGUGCCCUGGGCCCUCUAACCCCUCAACACCCCCCUCUGUCACCGGCGCCCCCUCCUGGCUGCACCACCUCCCAGCAAGCCUGUGCCCAGCAGGCCAGCCUUAGACUGAGGUGUCUCUGGCAUCCCGGGCUCAUGGACAUGGUUGGGGGUGGUGAAGAGGACCAGGCUGAAAUGUAAUGCAAAUGGAGCUCAUGAAGAAAGCAGUACACAGAAAGGGACACUUUUCAUACUUACACACGCACAUACACACAUGUACAUACGCACAAAUUAAUACAGAAAUAUUGAAAUCAUCCAUUAAAAUUUUUUUUUUUUACUUGCUUUAGAACCAGAAAGACCCUGCCAGCUUCACUUCAAUAUAUUUCUAAAUGUCUGCAUCUGUAGCACUACAGGCAACGUGGAGACACUUGCCCACCUACCAGCCAAUGAAGAGCCACGUACCUCAGCAGUCACCUGACUUUUAUGAGUUAAUCUGGGAAGACCAUAGAGCAUGCUGAAUCAAACAGAGGUUUUCUGCAAACGCUCAAAUUCUAAUAGCUUUUCUAUUUCCUGAAAGGAGCAAAUGUUAUUAAUUUCGUUUUUGCAUUACAGAUGCCGCCAUUUUAGGUGACUGGUUUGAAUAUGGUCCGGAAGGUUCUGUUCCAUCAGUUGAUUCUUUCCCUUCCUAUAAAGAUAUUGGUAUUAUUUCCACAAUAUUUGUGGAUUAAGUGAUUAUUAAUGUAUUGUUUUUGUGUUUUAAUAAAAUAUUGGAUAUUGGAUUACA